AUGACGACGUCUGUGCACAUCACGUUCGACGACGAGGCGGUCCCGACCUACGUCAAGGGCGCGCCGUCCCCGGCGGCGGCGGCGGCCGAAGGCGCGUCGAAGAAGAAUCCUCCUUCCGAAUCGUCCGCCGACGCCGACGCCGUCGCCGCGAAGAUCGCGGCCGCGGACGCGUCCGCGUCCCGGCGCGAGAAGGACGGGAAGCACGACAAGAAGAAGUCAAACGCGGACGGCGGCGGCCGCGACGACGACGCGAAGGAGAAGGAGGACGCCGCCGAUGAUAAGAAGGACGCGAAGCUGUCGCCUCUGGAGCGAUGCGAGAAGCGAAUUCGACACGCGAAGCGCGCGACGCGCUCGGAGCUCUCCGUCAGCGGCGGCGAGUGGCAGAAGAACGGGUACUACCUCGACGCGAGCGUGCUGAGCACCGCGAAUCUGGGCGACGACGUGCCGCGGAUAUCCGCGCGAGAGGUGUCGAAGCAAGAGUUCAUCGAGCGAUUCGAGAAGCCCCGCCUCCCGUGCAUCAUCACCGAGGCCAUGGACGGUUGGCGCGCGAACGAGACGUGGACGAUCGACGCGCUGAAGGAAAAGUUUGGAUCGCACCGGUUCAAAGUCGGCAGCGACGACGACGGGUACGCGGUCAGGCUGAAGUUUUCGCACAUCCAUCACUACCUCACGGACGAGACGCACGCGAAGGACGACUCGCCUCUGUACAUCUUCGACGGAUCGUUCGGCGAUAAGGAAGGGUCGAUGCCGCUGCUCGACGACUACGCCGUCCCGGAGUACUUCGCCGAGGACUUGUUUCAGCACGUCGGCGAGAAGCGACGGCCGCCGUACCGCUGGGUCGUCAUCGGGCCGCCGCGAUCGGGAAGCAGCGUUCACGUCGACCCGCUCGCGACGUCGGCGUGGAACGCGUUGAUCAGCGGGCACAAGCGUUGGUGUCUGUUCCCGCCGACGCCAGGCUUGGAGAAGGCGCACCUCAAGCCGAAAGGGAUCGGCCUCGACGGCGAGUCCGUGACGUGGUUUAACAAGAUGUACCCGAGGACGCGAGGGGCGGCGUGGCGCGACGCCGGGCGACCGCCGCCCAUGGACGCGGUGCAGCGCCCGGGCGAGAUCAUGUACGUCCCGGAUGGCUGGUGGCACGCGGUGUUGAACCUCGAUCACACCGUCGCGGUGACGCAAAACGUCGUCACGACGUCCCGGUUCGCCAAGGCGUGGAGGAUGACGAAGCGGGGGCGACCGAAGAUGAGCGCGAAGUGGCUGGAGAAGUUGCGUCUGAGGCGGCCGGAUUUGGCCGCCGUCGCCGACGCGCAGCCGCGGCGCGGCGAGGAGAGCGCGCACGAGGUCACGAGCUCGUCGUCGAGCUCGAGCUCCAGCACGGAGACGUCCACGGACGACGAGGCGGAGAAGCGGGAGGAGGAGAAGAAGGAGGCGCGCGAACGCGCGAGGGCGGCGGUGAACGACGACACGCUGCGGCGGAUGGCGGCGGAGAGGAGGGAGAGGUGCGGCGCGGGCGCGGAGCGAGGGGAGCGAGGGCCGGGGUCGCCGAGCGAGCGUUCGAAGAGCAAGAGCUCUAAGAGCAAGAGCGAGUCGAAGUCGAAGUCGAAGUCGAAGUCGAAGUCGGAGUCGGGGCGGAAACGGAGCCGCGUCGACGUCACGAUGGAGGACGCCGCGAAGUGAGCGAAUCGAGUCGAGUCGAGUCGAGUCGAGCGACGACGAAGUCGGGGAGGCCGCGAGGAACGCGUCAGUCGCCCCGCGAACGAAAAUUACCAUCAUGAGGUAUAUAUUGCGUUCUACGAAGACGUUUAAUACAACACAGACCAAAACGCG